AUGCAGCCGUACUACCUAGUCGCCGAAGAAGACGACAUCAACAUACAGACCGCCGAACUCGAUGACGGCGAGCUCCAGAUGCAGUCAUCGAUACGCCCGGCCUCUCCCCCGACAAGCGGCAUAUCCCUGAACACGAGUGAAUCAACUACAUCAAGAGCCAGCUCGACCUUUGGGACAGGCAAAGAGAUGGAUUCAAUUUACCUCCAGCGCAUCAUGGACCUGAGCAAUGCUGAAUACGCAGUUCGUAAUCUGUAUGCCUCUCUCGAGCUGUUGAAAUAUUAUCGAUUUAGAUACAUCGACGUCGCUGCCACGAACCGGGACCGCGUUAUAAGCGAGACUGAAAGCUCGGUUACCGGGAGGUACGUCUUCGAAUACUCAGACGGGUCACGGGUGUUCAGCUCGCUGGGAAUAAUGGCAUUGAUGCUGGGUAUCCAGUAG